CCCGCACCCCGCACACCUUUCUUCUCCACGCCCUCGCGAGUUAGCGGAAUUGCCACGCGAGCCCUCCAAGUUUCUCCCGCCGCGAUGGAGCCACCCGGUUCAGGUUCAGGUUCAGGAGCAGCAGAACCGGUCGAGGAGGAGCGCAUCCAAGAACCGGCCUCCAACGCCUCCUCCAAUGGCGAUGGGGAUGGCGCCCCGAGCGCUGCUGCGCCGCCACCUCCCCUCCGCCUCGAGCAGGCCGGAGGCGGCGCCGAUGGGUCGCGCCCCGCCGCGGUGGUCGACCUCCGGAAGGGCAAGGCGCUCGCCGCCGGCCCCUUUCCGCCACCUGUCCCCCCAAGCUCCGCGGGCAGCAUCCCCGACUCCGCCUCCGCCUUCGGAGCCGGGGGGUCAAGCUCCUCGGCGGGGAGGAGGAUGGUGGUGCCGAGGGACGCGACGCUGCCGUUCGACUACACGCGGGUGUUCCAGCAGGUGGUACGAGAGGGGCAGUCGGUUAUCAUCGAGGAGGGCGAGGAGGAGCAGGUGGAAUCGCCGCACGCCAAGGACGCGCCCCCGGGAAAGGAAAAGAUUUUUCAUAGAGAAGGAAGGCAAAUAUGUUCAGAACGUGAGGAGCACCAGAUUUUUCGUAGAGAAGGAAAGCAAAUAUAUUCAAGACAUGUGGAGCACCAGACACGUCCCAUCAAUGAAGUAAGGAAUCGGUAUAUGGUUUCUUCUAACGAGGCGGACCAUCUUGAUGCCUAUUCGGAAAUUAGACUGGUGAUUGGAGAUGGGGAGUGUUUCUACAGGAGCUUCAUAUUUUCCUACCUAGAGCAAGUUAUUGAUAGGCAGGACACAGAUGAGGAACAUCGUCUCCUUGAUGUUGUUGAAAGAAUGUCUGUGCAACAUGCAAUUCUUGGAUGGAACUCUGAGUUUUCCAGGACCAGCAGAGCAUUUGAGGAGCUGAUUGAGAAAGUAAUGAGAUGGAAGGGCACGGAAUCAACUAGCAGUUGCCGUAAAGAGGAACUUCUCCAGUUCUUCAGCACGUAUGAGAGGACGCAAGACAUUUUUGCUUUCCUCAGAUUACUAGUAGCUAUCCAUAUAUGCUCGCACAGUGAGGAGUAUGUACCACAUAUACCAGAGGUCGACCAAGGAAAUUGCAGUCUGGAAGUUUGGUGCUUGGAGCACGUCAUUCCAGCUCGUGUGGACGCGGACCAUGUUAUGUUGGUGGCUUUGGCCACAGCGCUUGAGGUCCCCCUCAGAACGGAAUCAUUCCAACAAGGAUAUGCUCGAGAUAUCUACACUGGUCCUGGAUUUCCCCGUCCGAGUGUGACCCUGCUGUACACGGGAAAUCACUACAACAUCAUCUACCCACGUGCUCCUUCUGCUGAGAGUUCAAGUCAUCAGGCUUCCAAGAGAGAAGAUCCUGCUGAUCAGAGUUCAAGUCAUCAGGCUUCCCAGAGAGAAGAGCCUGCUGGUCAGAGUUGAAGUCAUCAGGCUUCCUAGGGAGAACAUGCUGCUGAUCAGAGUUCAAGUCAAGAGACUUCCUAGAAAGAACAUCCUGCUGAUCAGAGUUGAAGUCAACAGAUUUUGCCAGAUUAAAGUUGUGAUGGGCUGCUGCCGUUGAAUGAGUGUUGCUGAGUUAGUGGUAUAGAGUUAGAGUAGAUGCACCGAUGAAGUUGGGGUGUAGGCAUAGGAUAUACUUACUUGUGCAUCCUUCUCCUGUUGGCUGGUAUAAGGUGAACAUCCUUCUGCUGCUGAUGAAUACAGUAAUGAAGCCGAUAGCCAUAUACUUGUGCAUUCUUUCCGGUGCCACUGGAUUGAUCGAUUGGCACAUAUACAAGGAUGAAUGCAAUCGUUUAAUUAGUUUC